CAAUUUUAUUCCUCCAAAUUAAAUUUUCCAUGUACAGAUCUCCUUUCGAUCCCCUUCUUCCACACAUUCCUCGUAUCUACUCUAUUAGUCGUUCAUGUGAACGUCCCAGAGUCCCCCGCUGCCUUCCUUACUCCUUCACUCAUUGGAGUGCCUCCAAGAUCAAUAGGUGUAAGCUCUGUGAGAAACCUCUUCGUGCUUGUAGGGAGGAACUCAGGCAGAGAGUACAGAAGAAGUACGACUGUCUGCCUAUUCACCACGGUGUGUACUAUGACUGAUAUAAGACUUUUGAGGAACUACAUCCGGAUACAACUGAGGGAGAAGAGGAACAAGAGGAAGAAGAGGAAGAAGAGAUGAUUUAUCAAUACCAAGAAUCUGAGGUGUCGGAAAUGUCAGAGUACGAAUCAGAAGAUUUACCAUUUGAGGAGCUACCUGAAGUGAAGAAGGAAGCUCAACUCCAAAGCUCUGUUGUUACUGAAGAGGUUUUCCAAGAGAAUUUCACUAAGUCAUACUAUUUUGAAGCGUUUAAUAGAACGGAGAGAAUGCCUAAGUUAGAAGAGGCAAUGAAAGAUCUUAUGGACUUAUUCCACCAUGAUGCCGAUAUUACCAAUGAAAUUUCUUCAGCUUAUACACCCGAUGCUCCCGCUGAAGAUCGCAUGGUAGUGACCAAGCUCUGGACUUCAAACCAUGAGUUCACGAAGAUCCUGAACGCAGGCCUUGUCCUUGAUGCGGUGGCCACUUUUGGAGAAGAGGUCUUUAAGGGCGCACAGUUUUAUGAGAAUGUAUUAGCUGAAUAUGAUAAAAGCUACAAAGAGCGUGAGCCCAUAAAACCAUACUACAAAGAAGUUAUUGAUAAAAGUAUUAAAUACAUGCGCAUGUUGAACACAUAUAUCGCCGAUCUAGGUUCAGAUGCCAACACAGAAGACAGAUCAGUCUACCGUGGAGUCCCUGCCAACGUACUCCAACGCAUCGAGACAGGCGAGACCUUCAGGAUGGUCACUUGGGCCUGCGCUAGUGAGAAAUAUGGAGAAGCUCAGAAAUUUCUGGACGGGCAGACACAGACCAGCGAAGAGAAGAAGAAAGUGAUAAGGAAUUCGAUGAUUAAGUUUAAUGUUAAGAAGGGAUCGAAAAAUUCAGGGAAGAUUAAUAUGAUUGGGAUGUCGAAUUAUUCGAAAGAGAUGGAAACAUUGAUACCUCCAUACUCUGCAUCGGUUUGUGUGAAGAAGGAGGUGAUCAAGAGAAGUGAAGUUAAUGAAGGAGCUUUGAAGGUAUCAGGGCCACCACCAGUACCUUCAGGAAUGAAGAAGAACACAAGAGGUACUUCUCCCAAAAAAGAAAGUAAAACACCCGAUGAGACAGAGAAGGCUACAGCAACUAAUGAGGAUAAGCCUUCUAAUGAUGCUAUUUCUAAAGUGAUAAGCCCUGAGAUGCAUGAAAUAAGCAGAGCAAUAGUUGCUCAGUGCAAAGAGGACAAAUCGAAUACCUUACUUUGUCAUCUUCUUACAUUUAUGACAUCAUCUCUGCUCAGCGAUUUAUACAACAAUAACAACGAUGAAGGAAAGAAGGAUGAGGGAGAGAAGAGCGAAGGAGAAGGGGAGAAGGUUAAACCAACUAUCAUCAAAACAAACGUGAUCGUCCUCGACUUGGCCAAAGACAAUCAAGAAUUCAAAGACAAUAUUAAAGUAGAUUUUUAG